AUGGCCAGCACUCCGUUGCUGCCUUUCCUCGAGUCCGGUGUCGACAGCUACGCCAAGCGCGACCAGACGUGGCUGAGGCCAGUGAACGAAGUGUUGAAAGCCAACGGAGUUGAAUGUGUGGAGGAUCUGGUGAAGCUCGGGGUCAGGGCUGCGACGUUUGAGCUGAACGGGCUGCCCGAGGGAAAAGUUGCCUUCCUGGAGCGCGACAGCGCAGCGAGGCGUGAGCUUGCGAGCGCUUACAGUGCCGUGCGCGCCGUGCAAUUGUCGCCCGCGCCCGUGGGCGGCCCGCGCAUCUCCAUCGCGUGCGGCGAUCGCGGGGUCCCGCCGCCGGCGGCCAUCCAGGCAAGUUUGGCCCGCGCGCGAGCGGUGGCAAUCGCUGGAUCGGCGCCGCGCUCUUUCGGUUCCUGGAGGGCAGCGGUCCGGGCGUGGAUGGCUUUCGCGCGGCGUCGGCUCAACGGAGACGGCUGCAGCGCGCUGCCGCCGUCGGCCGACGAAGUGUGCUUGUUCGCGCUCGAGUUUCGUAGCCCGCGCACCUUCGGCAAUUACGUGGCACAGCUUAAGAAGGCAUGCCAGCUGCUGGGCCGGGACGCGUCUGUCUUCACGCAUCCAUUGGUCAGGGGUGCCCGUAAGGCCAUCGGGAAGCGGCACUCUGUGAGGCGGCCGCCGAAGCAUUUCGUGCUGCUGUCGCAUUUACCGCGGAUGCUCGACUUUGUGAGCACCGACAGCGCCCUGCGCGCGCUUUUCUUGGUGUCCUGGGGGUUCGCUUUGCGUGCGCCCUCCGCAGCCCUCUUGAUUGGGCGAGGCGACCCAUUGGCGUUUAAGGAUUUCGCCUUCUCAGACCUGGACCUGCGCAGGCCUAGGGCAAGGGUCCUUAUUUUCUUUUCGGGCGAUUCGGCGACGCUGCAUUUCUCACGGCGUAAGCACCGGGACGGCCCGACAGUCGCGGUGCGGAAGUGCUGGUGCGCACACUCGCAAGCGACGUGCAUUGUGCACGCGGCGCAGGCAUUUUUCGAGAGCAUUUGUGUCGGCUCGCCCGCGUUCCCGCAUCUGCGGCGUGUCGACAGCAACGCGGCCGUCUCAAUCGUCGCGCCUGUGCAGCGCGCGAUGAAGGCGGCGGCGUUGCACGCCGGGGCGCCAAGCGCGGCAUCCUUUACGAGCAAAGCGUUCCGCCGCGGACGCGCAGAGACGAAGCGCAGGUGCAACGGCUGCCUCUGUGAAAUUCUCCGCGGUGCCGAUUAG